GCUAAGAAAGUGAAGAAAGCUCUUCAGCCAGAGUGGCUUAAGUCUCUUCUGAAAAGGACUUUUUUUGAAUCUUCCUGUGCAACUCAUCCCCUGCUUAAGAAAGAGUUAAACCAAUACUGCAUAGCUGUACCGAUUCAAUUUGCCAAAAUUGUGCAUCUGGACCCAAACAGAACCCGCAAUACAUUCCCAAAUUGCAUAGAAACAGCGCAAUAUCUUUCUCUCCUAGCUUCGAAGAUUAGAGAGUCCCACACCUACUGCUCAAUUGGCAACAAGGUGACUAACAGGUAAGAUUAUGCUUCCAAUUUGCCUCCUUAACUUUAAGACUCUGCCGCUUCCUCAAUCUGCUUCCAAUAUUCUAAUCUCCCUUCUGGGCGUGGCGGGUAUCCCAUUGCCAAGGUUCAUUUCUUGUGUUGCUGUGUUGAUCCCGUCCAUCGCUGCAAUUGCGAACAAUGAUGUGGAGGUCACCUUGCUUUUCUCAUCUUGUUACUAGAUUCACUCAACUUCAUCCUAAGCAUGCCUCUCACCGUUACUACAACUUAUCCCGUUUCAACCCCGCACAAUCACAGGCUAUUUCUAAUCCCCCUCCCCAACAAAAACCUACACAUACAGAUGCACCAAAUCAUUAUAUUGGCCACAACGUUUCUAGGAAGGAUAAAAACAAGUAUCUUCUCUCUACUCUUCUUGAUCUGAACGACACUAAGGAAGCGAUUUAUGGUGCCCUUGAUGCGUGGGUUGCAUGGGAGCAGAACUUCCCUAUUGCCUCUUUGAAACUCAUAUUGAAUGCUCUCGAGAAGCAACAACAGUGGCAUAGGGUUGUUCAGGUGAUUAAAUGGAUGCUGAGCAAGGGGCAGGGGAACACAAUGGGAACAUAUGGUCAAUUGAUACGAGCUUUAGAUAUGGACCAUAGAGUGGAAGAAGCGCACAAAUUCUGGCAGACCAAAAUCGACACUGAUUUGCAUUCGGUUCCCUGGCAGUUGUGUCAUCUCAUGAUAUCUGUAUAUUACCGAAACAACAUGCUGGAUGAUCUUGUUCGGCUUUUCAAGGGAUUGGAAGCUUUUGAUCGUAAACCUCGAGAUAAAACCAUCAUUAAGAAAGUAGCAAAUGCAUACGAGAUGUUGGGCUUACAUCAAGAGAAAGAGAGGGUACUGAAGAAAUAUAGCAAUCUCUUCACAGAAGAAGGAUCGAUUAAGAAAGCUAGGAGGAACUCAUCUGAGAAAAAAUUAAAAAGGUAGUCUUAUUUGUUGUCUUCGCACACCAGUAUUUUUGUAGUUGAUUGGUUUUGAUUUUGGACCGGCAUGGCUCCAAAGUACGGCAAGAACCAAAUUAUUUAGAGCUAAUACAUCCAUAUAUAACUGGUAGUGUUAAAUUUAGGGUUGACAAAAACACUGUACAUGUUUCACCGAAUUCAAGUCGUGAUUGAAGCAUUGCCAAAGCGAAUUACCAUCAACUGAAAAGAAAACAUUUAUAGAAACAAGUAAUCUGAACAUCAUCAAUUUUAUUAGUGAAUGAAACAACUAUUUAUGUUUU